AUGUGGUAUGUGAGCGGAGCUGGAGGAAAUUCUUGUGAUUUGGAAUGCGUUUACCCCGGGGGAGACCCCGUGACUGCAGGACCGAGAGAUGCAGUGAGAAACGGCGAGGACAUAAACAAGGGCGCUGUCACUCAAGAACUCCACUCUUGCCCGGAGGCUCUAGUGCUGGGCCGCGGUGCCUCCCACGCCGGGGUACAGCGGGGCGGAGAGUGGGAGGAAGAGGCUAGUUCUCCAGCGAUCAGCUCCCUGAACUCACUGAGAACCACAGAGAACCCGCCCGCCGCCACACCUGCAAGACUCAACCACACGCUGUGCCCCCACAAACAGACAGGGGGCGCUGCACACAAGCUCAAGAUCCUGCCCUUCGUCGGCCCGGGGCAGGGCAGAGGGAGAAGUCAAGAUUUGGGGGUGUGGUUGGCAGCGACUGGCACGUUCCCGCCGGCUAAAGGCAAACUGGGGUGGUGA